AUGGAGGGCCUAAACGUCGCACAGCUGUUCGAACAACUCGAGAUCACUGACGAGCGAGCGAUGCAAGACGAUGCCUUCUUGAGAGGCGUGAAGUUCUUGAGAUCCAUCCAAGUACCACUCGAGAACUUCAAGCUGGCUUUGGACUUGGCAUCGCCAUUGACAUCUCUCGAGCCUACUAGCUUGACAGUCUGCGGUGUCAUUCGCAGCGUAACAGCAAUUGCAAUCAGCCUCGCCACUGCUGAUCUGGAUUUUGCAAAGCAGAUUGGAGAGAUGCUCGAAAAUAUGAGAUACAUAGAUGACUGUGACACUUUCGGCCGAAGGACGAAACAGCCGGAGGUCCACAAGGCACUGGUAUUGGUAUACGUGAAGAUUCUGGAGUUCUACAACGUGGCAUUAGAUGUAUUGGCCAAGAAAGGCACCGGGCUGCUGUUAAAACUGCUACAAGAGAAGGAACGCCUACCAGAAAUCGUCCAAGAUUUCCUGAAACAUGCUGAUGCCCUUGGCCGUCUGGUCACUAACGCCACGCUCGAGAUCACAGCAGACAUCAGGGACAUUCUCACCCAAUUCGAAAUCUAUCAAUGGUUGGGCAGAGACAAAAUGGAUCGACAGAGUGAGCUCCAUGCACAGAUGCGCGAGUUGCGCCGCGCAGAUUUCGACUCUGCGUACGCUCGAAACAGACGAUAUUCUUCGCCAGGUGAAGAGGCAUGCGCGUUUCUGCUGACCGACGAGACUUUCAUGCAAUGGUACGCGUCCCUUUCUGUGCAACAUCUGGCCAUACUAGGAGAGAUGGGCUGCGGCAAAUCCGCACUUGUUGCAUUCUUGAUCGAUGAACUGAGGCGCAGGAACGAGCACCUCCUGCCCAACCCGAAGAUAUGCUACUACUACUGCCUUGACGAUGGGACCGGUCAGAUUGCAAGCAUACUUUCAGUCCUGAUCCUUCAGCUGCUCGAGCAACUUCCCGGCAUGAAACUCACCUUCUAUGAAUGGUACAAGAAGAACUCUGGAACCAAUCCGGCGAAUGAUGGUUCAAUGCUCGAAGAAUUCUUGCGUAUGGUGAUCAUUCCAUUGGAUCGGUCACUUUACAUCAUAGUCGACGGCCUUGAUGAAUGCGUUCAAGCAACAAAGAGAACACUACUCAGAUUUUUGGAAGAGCUAGCCCGAUCGAAUUCAAGGUUGAAAAUCUUGCUUUGUUCUCGGCCUUACCACCUCUUGCAACUUGAUGCUACGCUGAAGCUCCAAAUUUUACCUCUGGAUCGGAGAGAUCGCCUCAUCUCGAGACACAUCGUCGACAAGCAGCUAUGGCACCUGUCUGAAGAGAUCAGAGAGGUUAUUGCUGAGCAUUUAUCCGCGAACGCUUGUGGCAGUGCUAUAUGGAUCAAGAUGAUGACGGAUCUGAUCGAACUUGAAGGAUACACCACACUGCCUCUGAUACAACAAUUUCUUCGAAAGAUGGCAUUGCCUGGCCCGCUCUCUCGCUUAUACGACGAGGUUUUGUCAAGAUGUGCUGUGAACGCUGAGCGCCGAGAACAUGUUACCUUGGCACUCUGGAUUCUUGCGGCGGUGCGCAGGCCAUUGAGCAUUGCGGAGCUCGCGUUCGCUGUCGCUUUGGGCCUAGCACCAUCGAACAUAACCACAGUUGCUGCGCUCAGUGAGAUGGUGGACGAAGACAGAACACUGAAUAUGAUACGUCCCUUCAUCGCACAAAUCGAUCACUGCGACCACAAAAAGCGCCAGAUCCGUCUCUUGCAUCAAUCAAUCAAGGAUUACAUCGUUGAAAAGCUCGACCCAGAAGAGCACAUUGCUUCACACGCAGCCGGGCCAAACUUGUGCACACAGCUACUUGUCGGUCAAGUGGCACAGCACACCGAGAAAUGUGUGCUAAACAUUUGUGUUAGAUAUCUGCUUCUAGAUGAAGUGGGCACGACCAACCUAUUUUCACAACGGCAAUGUGCCAUUGACGCCCUGCCCCAGGAGACUGAUCUGUUUGAGGAUGAUAUCGCGGGAGCAGUGGAUUUCACAAAAGAUUGCACGUGGGAUCAAUGGGAAGCCAAUAUGAUACGCUACGAUCCAGCGGAACGCGGCUUUGGUGAAUUCUUCGCAUACGCUGCGUGCCACUGGGUCGAGCAUCUCGGCAGCAUUGAUGCUGAACAUCUGCCAUCUCUAGCAGAUGUUGAGCGACUGUGCUCGGCAAGAUUUCCGUUUGAUCCUACACUUCAUGAUCCCCUAAGCAUUGUCUCUUUGUACGGUUCUGAAGCCGUGUUGUCUGGGAUGCUGGAAAGACCACUUGUCAGGGACAGGUAUCAUGCGAAUACAGCCAUGAGAGCCGCCGAACAAGUUCUGCGUUGGAGUCCUCCAGAAAGAGUGUUAGUACUCAUGCGUAGUUUAAGAGCACGCUUAGAUGGUCGAGGAUCUGGGGUCGAUACUUCCGAUGCAACUGCUAUCAGACAAGACCUGAGCAGAGCUUGA